GUGUUCAGGCUACAGACACUGCAGAACAAAAGACAUGGCUCGAUGUCUACAGUUGGCCAUGAUGCUCUUGUUCACACGGCUUACAGUGUCAUCAACUGAAUCAAACUACACUGUGUUAGAAACGGCCAUUCAAAUAUUGACUGACACACUGACCUAUGGCGAAGAUGUUGUCAAAGAUGCCUGGCGAUCUGGUAUCCAAGUCCUCUGUUGUAAUGAGUUUAAUGUUUUUCCUUGUAAAGACAGGACUGAUGGACACUCUGGUAUCAUAGCUCCAUUGCCUGUUCAUUGCGUGGGUAAGGCUGAUGUAAUAUUUGUACUGGACUCCUCUGAGAGUAUCGGCCAACUGAAAUAUCGGCAAUCACUAGCUUUUCUGGCAAAUCUGGCCGGCUCUUUUAAGAUAGGAGUCCAUCAUUUCAGAUUCGGACACGUCAUCUUUAGUGAUUGGGCCAAGACAGUUUUCUCCCUUAACACCUUUGACAAUCAUUUGGAAAUUCUUGCGGCUCUAAUGUCAUCCGAGUACAUGCAGCGAGGGACUAGAACAGAAAACGGUUUAAAACAGGCUUUGGACCUUGCGUUGGCAAACAUGAGAUAUCAUGUACCGACUGUUGUUAUUCUGAUAACUGAUGGCUACUCGGCGAACUUUGUAAGCACCACAAUGCAAGCAAUGUUACUUCAGUCGUAUGGCGUCCAUGUCAUGGCUGUCGGUGUAGGAGACAAGAUCCGAGAUGCAGAGCUCCAGAGUAGUGCUAGUAGACCUUCUGAUGUAUUUAGAACCGAUGACUUUUUCACCAUUCAGACAGUACUUGGCAAAGUCGCUCACAGAAUAUGUAAAACAACUGGAGGCAUAGAAAUAUUGGUACCAAUAAUUCUACCAACACGCCCUAGUACCAGUGUGAGUACAUAUAGACCAUGGGGCACCCACCCAACCUCUACAACAACGCCUACGAGUAGAACAAGUACUACCACCAAGCCGACUACAUAUAUUCCCACGUGUUCAGCCACUCGGUAUGGCUGCUGUGCUGAUGGAGUGACCGUUGCCCGAGGGUUUUUCAACGAAGGAUGUCCACCUUUUAAAAUGGAUUGUUUCACCACUUUAUUUGGUUGCUGCCCUGAUGGUCAUACAGUAGCAAUCGGAGAUAACUAUGAAGGCUGUCCUAAAACGUCAACCUCUUCCGAUGACUGUGCUUAUACUAUAUAUGGCUGUUGUCCUGAUGGAAUGCUUCCUGCUUCUGGUGAUAACUUUGAGGGAUGUCCUACUAUGACCACAGAGCCUACUACCAAGGAAAGUAAUCUGGGAUGUAUGGAGACACUCUACGGAUGUUGUCCAGAUACAGUGACCAGUGCCCAAGGAUUUAACUAUGAAGGAUGUCCGCAAUUGACAACUGCUUCAACUACCACAAAGAAAAGUCAUCUGGGAUGUAUGGAGACACUCUACGGAUGUUGUCCAGAUGCAAUGACCAGUGCCCAAGGAUUUAACUAUGAAGGAUGCCCUGGGCUUACAACUGCCAGUACUACUACCAAGAACAGUCAUCUCGGAUGUAUGGAGACAUUAUACGGAUGUUGUCCAGAUGCAGUGACCAGUGCCCAAGGAUUUAAUUAUGAAGGAUGUCCUGGAUUGACAACUGCAACUUUGACUACUAAGAAAAAAACUAAGCUGACCACUGCCUCGACAACUACCAAAGAAAGUCAUCUCGGAUGUAUGGAGACGCAAUACGGAUGUUGUCCAGAUGCAGUGACCAGUGCCCAAGGAUUUAACUAUGAAGGAUGCCCUGGGCUUACAACUGCCAGCACUACUACCAAGUACAGUAAUCUCGGAUGUAUGGAGACAUUAUACGGAUGUUGUCCAGAUGCAGUGACCAGUGCCCAAGGAUUUAAUUAUGAAGGAUGUCCUGGUUUAACAACUUCUUCUUCUACUACAAAGAAAAGUACAGCUACCACAACAACGGACAGAACAGGUACUCUGGGAUGUAUGGGAACACUAUUUGGCUGUUGUCCAGAUGCAGUCACCAGUGCUACAGGAUUUAACUAUGAAGGAUGUCCGGGAUAUACGACCACUUCUACUACUACAAGACAAAGUGACGGAUGUAUGGAAACACUUUUUGGAUGCUGUCCUGAUGCUGUCACAGCUGCUCUAGGAUUUAACUAUGAAGGAUGUCCAGGAUUAGCAACUGAAAGUACUACAAAGAAAAGUCCGGGCACAUCUUUGACAACUACCAGAACUACAGAUUCGAUCGUGUGUUUAGGAUCAACAUAUGGAUGUUGUCAGGAUGGGUUAACCCGUGCCAAAGGGUUUCAUUUCGAGGGAUGCCCAGGCACUCUACCCAAUGAAUGCUCUUAUAACUAUUACGGAUGCUGCCCUGAUGGAAAGACCAAAGCUAAAGGGUUUAAGUUUGAGGGCUGCCCAGGCACUAUACCUAAUGAAUGCUCUUAUAGCUAUUACGGAUGCUGCCCUGAUGAAAAGACCAAAGCUCUAGGAUUUAACAAUGAAGGAUGCUUUGAAACAAAGACAACUGUGAUUGGUGGAUGCCGAGGAACAAGAUUUGGAUGUUGCCCUGAUGCCAUGACCCCUGCUCAUGGGCUCAACUAUGAAGGAUGUCCAAAUAUUACAUCCACUACUACAACUCCUACACAAACGUAUGGAUGUCAGACUUCAGACUAUGGAUGCUGCCUCGAUGGAGUGUCUUCUGCAGUGGGACCGAACUACGAAGGAUGUCCACCAGCUCAACAUGACUGUGCUUACACUCCAUUUGGCUGCUGCCAAGAUGGGGUUUCUGUAGCCGAGGGAGAUAAUUAUAAAGGAUGUCCAACAGAAACAACUUAUGUAUUUGACGACUGUCCAAAAAGUCGUUACGGCUGUUGUCCAGACGGAGUGACCAGUGCCCUUGGAGAGAACUAUGAAGGAUGUCCAGGAAUGACCACUUUAACUACUACAUCAAAAGGGCCAAAGUGCAAAGAGUCAAUAUUCGGAUGCUGUCCAGAUGGAGUGACAAGUGCUCAAGGAUUUUAUUUUGAAGGAUGUUAUGGAACUGAACAAAACGAAUGCGACAACAGUUAUUAUGGAUGCUGCCCAGAUGGAAAGACCAAAGCUCUUGGCUUCAAUAAUGAAGGAUGCUUUGAAACUACAACACCACCACUAUUGGGUGGAUGCGAAGGAACAAGAUUUGGAUGUUGUCCAGGCACAAAGAUCCCUGCUCAAGGAGACAGUUAUGAAGGAUGUCCAGAAAUUCCCAGCACAAGUACCACAAAUGUGCCUAGGUGUACAGGAACAACGUAUGGCUGUUGUCCAGAUGGCGUGACCAGUGCUCAAGGAAACAACUUUGAAGGAUGUCCUGGCACCCCAGAUACUGAAUGCUAUUAUAGUUUAUAUGGAUGCUGCCCAGAUGAAAAGACCAAAGCUCUUGGCAACAACAAUGAAGGAUGCUUUGAAACAACUCCCACGAUUGGUGGCUGUGAAGGAACUAGAUAUGGAUGUUGUCCAGAUGCAGUGACCCCAGCUGAAGGCAACAACUAUGACGGAUGUCCUGAUAUCUCAUCAUCAAGUACAAGCGCAAGUCCUGACACAACAUCAACAUCUAGCAGUACUACAGAUGUGCCUAGGUGUACAGGAACAACGUAUGGCUGUUGUCCAGAUGGCGUGACCAGUGCUCAAGGAAACAACUUUGAAGGAUGUCCUGGCACCCCAGAUACUGAAUGCUAUUAUAGUUUAUAUGGAUGCUGCCCAGAUGAAAAGACCAAAGCUCUUGGCAACAACAAUGAAGGAUGCUUUGAAACAACUCCCACGAUUGGUGGCUGUGAAGGAACUAGAUAUGGAUGUUGUCCAGAUGCAGUGACCCCAGCUGAAGGCAACAACUAUGACGGAUGUCCUGAUAUCUCAUCACCAAGUACAAGUACAAGAACUACAGCGAUGUCAGAAGAAAGUACGCAUCAAACUACUAAGGGGACAAUGGUUGAGGAAACAUCGACUCAAGGGUUAACAAACACAGAUACAAGCACUGAAGAAAUCACUAAGGAAAUAAAUACACCAGCCAUAAUAUCAACAUCAAAAAGCUUGACAGAGAUGACUUCUCAAGACACAGCAAUCUCUGAAAAAAAUGUCGAAACAACCUAUCCAGGAACACGCACUCAGGAAAUAACCACUACAGAAGCAAUCACAACAGAAACAAGCACUCCAGAAAUAAGCCCUCCAAUAACAUUUCCUCCAGAAACAGUCACUCUAGAGACAAUUGUUCCAGAAAUAAGCACUGAAGAAACGAGUAAUACAGAAAAAUCAGCAUUAGAAACAAGCGCCGCAGAAACUACCACUUUAGAUUCAAGCACUUCAGAAACAACGACUUCAGAAACAAGCACCUCAGAAACAACGACUUCAGAAACAAGCACCUCAGAAACAACCUCUUCAGAAUCAAGCACCCCAGAAACAACCUCUUCAGAAUCAAGCAUCCCAGAAACAACCUCUUCAGAAACUAGCACCCCAACAACGACUUCAGAAAUAAACACAACAGAUUUAACAAGUCUGGAGACAAUUUCUUUUGACACAAUUUCUAUGGAAACAGAUAUUCCAGAGAUGACCACUUCAGAUGCUUCAGAAGUAGCCACUACAGUGAAACAUAUGUCUGAAAUCACUAACCAAACUACAACCCCAGAAAAUAUUUAUAAAGAAACAACAUUAGAAUCAAGCACUUCCGAAACCACAACAUUAGAAUCAACAACUUUUGAAACAACAAUAGAUACAAGCAAUUCAAAACCAACUACAACAGAAACAGUUGUUACUGAAAUGACUAAUGAAAGAGAUGCUACAGACUCCAUCACUUAUGAACCAACCUACUGCAAAGAGAGCAUUGAAACAACUUGUCCCGAAAUAAGACCAUCAGAAACAAAGGCAGAAACAGAAGAAACAACAAUGCUGGUCAUUACUACUCCUAAAACAUCCCAGGCAGAAACAACGACUCAUGAGACCACCCCUCAUGAAACAACGACUCAUGAAACUACUAUUCAUGAAACAACGACUCAUGAAACUACUAUUCAUGAAACAACGACUCAUGAGACCACCCCUCAUGAAACAACGACUCAUGAAACAACAUCUCCAGAAAAAUCAAACCCUCAAGAGAUGUCAACUAAAACUACAAUGGCAACAACCACUUCUGAAUCAACCACUGCGGAAAAAACUACAGAAACAACUACAACAGAAUUAACUACUGAGACAUCUACACAUGAUACAACCACUUCAUCAACCACUCCAUCAACCAUCUCUAUAGAAACAACUUUGAAAACCAGUACGAAAACAUCCACCACAACUUCUCCAGAAACAAUAACUCCUCCUAGUACUACUAAAGCAGAAAUUUCCACAAUUGAAACCACCACUUUGGAGAUACCUAGAGAUCAUAAAGUGUGCAAAACCUAUGCUGACAUAGUGCUCGUAAUGGACUCGUCCGGAAGUAUUGGUGCUGCCAACUACAAACAGAUGCUACAGUUUGCCGUGAGCAUCACAGAGAGAUUUACUCUCGGUAUUGAAGAUGUUCAAUUCGCUCAGGUCAUCUUUGGGGCCAACGCUUACAAGAAAUUUGACUUCAACACACACAAGACAUUCGAAAGUCUGAAAAAGGCUAUCCUUGCUACACCUUACUUGAAACAGUCCACAAGAACUGACAGAGCACUGACCUUUGUACUCAACAGUACAAUAUUUAAAGAGAGUUCCGGCGCCAGACCCAAAGCAAGAAAAAUUAUUUUACUCAUGACCGACGGAGUGUCAGACUUACCACGACAAACUUUGCAAGCUGCACAGCAAGUGAAAGACAGUAAUAUAGACAUCAUAGCCGUUGGUAUAGCGGAUGCUCUAGAGGAAGAGCUACGACACAUGGCGUCUUCCUCACAAGAUGUGUUUAUGUCUAAAUCCUUUGAGGAUCUGAAGUAUAUAACAGACAAAGUAACAGACAGAGCUUGCAUUAGCAUUCUUUAACAUGUACUUAACUCUUGGAGAAAAGUGUCACUAUUAGGAUUGUGUAGCUCAGUCAUGAAUAGUAGUAAAAAAGGGCUGGAUUUACGUCAGUGCAGCCCUUGCCACCACCACAAAAAAUAAGGAUUAAAUGUUCAACGCAAAAAACAAAACAAGAAAAACAUUAAAGAAUAUUGUUUUUUAAAAAACAAUCGCUCCUUUAUACAACUUGUGGAACAACUUUUUUUUUCUCUUAAUAAUAAUUGAAUGUUAGAUUUAAAAAAAUGAAAAUUGUUUACCCCGCCACCCUAAAAAGAAUCAUGGCUAAGCAAAUCUAUAGAUACACCAGACAUUAUAAUAGUCCAUUGAUAGGCCUUUAUAUCUAGAUAUAGAAAACGAUGCGUAGAAUGUUCCUAAACAUUAAUUUAAACAUUUGAAUGAAUGCGGAAAUACCAGAAGACAUAGAGCUCAUUCAAGAUAAAUAUUGUCUAGUUCUCUAGUCAAAGUUUACAUUUAUUUCUUUUUGUACUUCCAAAGUUAUAACUGUCAAACUAGAAUUUUCUCAGUGCGGCCAAGGGGCUAAUAAUUCUUUUCCCAACGAUAUACAUCAACUGUCUCAUUUCUAGCAAAGUCGUUAGGUCGUGUCAAUCCAGGUUUUUAGCCCACCCACCCCCACCCUGAAUGGUUUAUUUCCGCACAAGAUUGCUGAGAGGUAUUCUAAAUGCAAAUUAAAUGACAUGCUUUUAGAAACAUUUUUAAAUUCAUUUUUUAUGUUUUUGUUUAUAAUGAAAAGUUCGAAAGAGAUAAAAGACAAAAAAACAAUCUGCUAAAGACUUAAAUUCUGCUCUACAGUAUGAAGUGCUAAAGGUAUCCUUAGAAUAUACUGCUUAAUCAAACAAUCUGCUGAAGACUUAAAUUCUGCUCUACAGUAUGAAGUGCUCAAAGUAUCCUUAGAAUUUACUGCUUAAUCUAGGAAAUUUAAGCCACAAAAAUCUCUUAUAAGUUAGAUUCAUUUGAUGAAAUUUAUAUUUACAUGAUAUACAUAGACAGUAGAUACAUUUUUUAAUUCUUUACGAUUCGGCUUAUGCACUAAAAUAGAAUCUAUGUCUCUAUUUAGAAGAUUAUGUACCGGUGUGGCUAUUCUCUUCGCAAUGUCAUAUAACAUUUCAUAUUUAUUGUUGCAUUUCUAAAAUGAGUAUUAUUUGAUUGAAUAAAUAACUUUUAUUUUCUUGUCUUUGCAGCGCAUUGAAAGGAUUAUGUCCCCUGGUGUUUCAAGGGGUUUUGUAUUAAAAGUAAAAAUCUCUCAUACUGAAAUAAAAAGACUCAAAUUCA